UCAGCAGUAUUAGCUCAUCUAUAUAGGCCAGCUGUGGGGGCAGCUAUUGGAUUAACAAGUCCUGUUGUAUCUAGAGCUAGUCUGGGGAGGCACACAUCCUGCUGAACAUAGACAUGUAUACUCUCUUCCUAAAAACAAUGAGAAUGAAGUUGCGAACGAAUAAUCAGUACGUGCGCUGCGGGCUGGCCGAAUUGCUGGGGACUCUCAUAUUGAUUCUCUUUGGCUGUGGCGCUGUAGCUCAGAUGGAGUUGAGCGGUCUUGCUAAGGGGCAGUUCCUGAGUGUCAACAUGGCGUUUGGGUUUGCAGUGACUGCUGGGGCCUACAUCUGUGCUGGAGUGUCAGGUGCCCACCUCAACCCAGCCGUGUCUCUAUCCAUGUACCUCCUCCAGAGGAUGACUUGUAGGAUGAUGCUGGUCUACUUCUUGGCCCAGUUCAUUGGAUGUUUCAUUGGGGCUGCUCUGGUCUUUGCUCUUUAUUUUGAUGCUCUUCAUGUGUACAGUGGAGGUAACUGGACGGUGUCAGGAACCCAAGCAACAGCAGGGAUAUUUGCAUCCUACCCAUCGGAACACCUGAGCGUUUUAAAUGGACUUUCAGAUCAGGUGAUUGCCACGGCUGCCUUGAUGGUCUGUAUCCUGGCAGUAGUAGAUGAAGCCAACAAUGCUGCUCCUCGAGGACUCCAGCCUUUUGUGAUUGGCCUUGUGGUUCUUCUGGUUGGUCUAUCAAUGGGCUUCAACUGUGGGUACCCAAUAAAUCCUGCCAGAGACUUGGCACCUCGUAUCUUCACUGCAAUGGCUGGCUGGGGCCUGGAAGUCUUCAGGGCGGGUGGGCACUGGUGGUGGGUGCCAGUGCUGGGACCAAUGCUAGGGGCAGUGUUGGGGACGUUUACUUAUGAACUGUUGGUUGGAAUUCACCACCCUAUGCUUCACGAGAAGGAUGAACCUGAAGAGGAUGCUGGGGAGAACCACACCCCACAAUAUGAAUUGGUUCAGUCUCAUGCUUAACGUGGACAUCCAGUCCAUACUUUGCCCUGGAAGACAUAUAUGACUUUACCCAACAACUAUUAAAGUUUUGUAAGCAUGUUGUCCAGCAACCAGAAUUUUUUCCCUUUGGGCCAACCAGAAAAAAAAAUGGCCUAACAAGCGUGACCAAAAGCAAUGUGCAAGAGGCCCUAAUCCACAGCAGCCAAUCGGAAAGUCUUUAGUCUGACCCCAGGAAGUUGACAUUUGAUUCGCUUGGUCUUGGAAAUCCUUGUUUGUAGAUAUUGCCCCAUGUGCCUUUUUUGACUUUGUUUUUAAAUGCAAUAAGUUUACUAGAAAGGAAUGAUUAUGUCCUAAUGAGAGAUUUUAGUUUUUUAAUGUUUAAGUAUUUGUAAUAUCUGGAUUAAUGUACAGAAUAAAUUGUGUAAUUGUAAUAUCUGGAUUAAUGUACAGAAUAAAUUGUGUAAUUGUAAUAUCUGGAUUAAUGUACAGAAUAAAUUGUGUAAUUGUAAGUCCCAAGGCUGUAACAAGCCUUGCAGUUUUUUAUUUUUUAGCUUUUUGUAUUUAUCAGGUCAAAUAAAGUCAAAAUGACAAUGUGUGCCAAUG